GGCGGGGGCGGCGGGGCCACGCCCUCCGAGCUUGCCUCUCGGUCCGGAUCUGGACCCCUAGGCCUUCCACACUGCUGGACUCCUCUCCAGCAGGCGAGGAACGUGGACCUGGACUGCUAUCUGCGGACAGCUUCUCUGGCCCAGGGCAGGGGACGCGAGGACCGGGCUGUCUGGGACUGGGAUCUUCGCUCCACACUUUGUGCCUCGCGAUGUCCGCUCAAGUUCUGGGAUUUUUGCGCAACUGGACUCCCCUCUCCCUGGCAGCCCGACAGGAUCUGGCCGCUGCAGGGAAUGACGCGGUUACCCCCACAGCCCCGGCUCCGGGCGGGGAGGGCGAGCCCCACAGCCAACCUCGCGACGCCCUCCUGGGCAGCACCGAUAAGGAGCUGAAAGCACGAGCCGCGGUCACCGAGGGCAGCGCCGCAACAACGCUGGGGACCCCCUGGCAGCGGGAGCCGCGGGUCGAGGCUAUGGAUCCAGCGAGUGGCCCCCGGAACCUGCUCCCCCGGCCUUGCCGUGUGUUGGUGCUGCUGAACCCGCGCGGCGGCAAGGGCAAGGCCCUGCAGCUCUUCCAGAGCCUCGUGCAGCCCCUUCUUGCCGAGGCCGAAGUCUCCUUCACUCUGAUGCUCACUGAAAGGAGGAACCACGCACGGGAACUGGUGCGGGCGGAGGAGCUGGGCCGCUGGGAUGCUCUGGUGGUCAUGUCUGGGGAUGGGCUGAUGCAUGAGGUGGUGAAUGGACUCAUGGAGCGCCCAGACUGGGAGACGGCCAUCCAGAAACCCUUGUGUAGCCUCCCAGCAGGCUCUGGCAACGCUCUGGCAGCUUCCUUGAACCACUACGCUGGCUAUGAGCAGGUGACUAAUGAGGACCUCCUGACCAACUGCACGCAGCUGCUGUGCCAACGGCUCCUGUCACCUAUGAACCUGCUGUCUUUGCACACCGCCUCGGGGCUGCGCCUCUUCUCUGUGCUCAGCCUGGCCUGGGGCUUCAUUGCUGAUGUGGACCUGGAAAGUGAGAAGUAUCGGCGCUUGGGGGAGAUGCGCUUCACUCUGGGGACCUUCCUGCGCCUGGCAGCCCUGCGCACCUACCGGGGGCAACUGGCCUAUCUCCCCGCAGGAAGUGCUGUUUCUAAGAUGCCCACCUCCCCUGCUCUAAUGCAGCAGGGCCCUGUGGACGCACACCUUGUUCCCCUGGAGGAGCCAGUGCCCUCUCACUGGACCGUGGUGCCCCAUCAGGACUUUGUACUGGUGCUGGCUCUGCUGCACACCCAUCUGGGCAGUGAGAUGUUUGCUGCACCCAUGGGCCGCUGUGCAGCUGGUGUCAUGCAUCUGUUCUACGUGAGGGCAGGGGUGUCCAGGACCAUGCUGCUGCGCCUCUUUCUGGCCAUGGAGAAGGGCAAGCACAUGGAGUAUGACUGUCCCUACUUGGUGCAUGUGCCUGUGGUUGCCUUCCGCCUGGAGCCUAAGGAUGGGAGGGGUGUGUUUGCUGUGGAUGGGGAGUUGAUGGUCAGUGAGGCUGUGCAGGGCCAAGUGCACCCAGACUACUUCUGGAUGGUCAGUGGUGGCUGCAGGGGUCCCCCACCCAGCCAGGAACCCCAGCAGAUGCCACCUCCAGAAGAGCCUUUAUGACCCCCAUGGGCUUGCUGUGCCUUUGUCUGCUGCGUGUAGGCUGAGCUUGGCACCCUGUCCUUCCCCCAGGACAGGGGACCUCUCCACAGCUUCUGGGGGUGAUGGGGCCUCCUCUGGAAAAGGGUAGGAAGGUGGUAGUGGCUAUGCUUUGGGAAGUUCAGGCUCUACCCACCACAGGUCAGAACAAGGCCAUAGGCAGGAGCCCUGCUGGCCGGGCCAGUUGUCUGUGGAAGGUAUUUCUGUUUAUUCCGGAAGCCCUGUCCCAUGAAUCAAAUUCAAAUAAAAGUGACAUUCUUA